CCAAAAUAUCGCUGGUUACGAAGUCAGAGAUCACCCAUGUAUCCACGCCUAACGAGAAACCUAAUGGCCGAUUGAGCGUGUCAUGAGAUUACGCAGACCAUUCUUCUUGCUCUGUGCUACAAAAAUUCGCCAUAUGAGAGCAACCUGACUUCUCGCGCAAUCGUAAACAACGAAGCCAGGGGCCAAAACAAACACUCGUCGCUCCCAAGAUGUCGUUCUUAUUUGGUCGUCGCCCACGGGCGAGCACAGUAGAUCUGCCAAAGCAGGCAAAGGAGCUCAUGGUGAAGCUAGACGGACCUGUUGGAACCACCAAAGCCGAGGAACUUGCGAAGACCUUAUCACAGAUGAAGUUGGUUCUGCAAGGCACUCAAGAAAUCGAAAGCAGUCCAGAGCAAGUGUACGCCUUGGUGACAGGAUUGAUCCAAGAAGACUUGCUAUACCUCCUCGCGGUCAACCUCUGGCGGCUACCUUUCGAGUCGAGAAAAGAUGCCCAAGUUAUAUUCUCCUAUGUCCUACGAUUUCGACCCCAUACAGCAUCACCAAAAAGCGAGCCCCUUGCUUUGAGCUAUGUUAUCAAUAAUCGCCCAGAGGUCCUUGUGGAGUUAUGCAAUGGAUACGACCAUAAGGAGAGUGCUACACCGGCCGGGACUGUCCUCAGAGAAGUCUUGAAGAGUGACACGGCUGCUGCUAUAUUACUGUACGAUGAUCCAUCAGAUGCUGGACCAGGUCCUAAAGGUAUUAGUGGGAUCAAUCCAGAAUUGAAGCAAAGCGGGAAUGGUGUUUUCUGGAAAUUCUUCAAGUGGAUUGAUCAGGGCUCAUUUGAAGUAAGCGCAGAUGCGUUUACAACUUUUCGGGAGUUGUUGACAAGACACAAACAACUUGUGGCACAGUACUUGUCGACAAACUUUGACCUAUUCUUUGACAAGUAUAACAAUAUCUUGGUAAAAUCAGAGAGUUAUGUCACGAAGCGUCAAUCUAUAAAAUUACUGGGCGAGAUCCUCCUGGACCGAGCAAAUUAUACCGUAAUGACAGCGUAUGUUGACCGGGGAGAGCAUCUGAAGAUCUGCAUGAAUCUCCUCAGAGACGAGCGGAAGAUGGUUCAGUACGAAGGUUUCCACGUCUUCAAAGUCUUUGUUGCCAAUCCCCACAAAUCAAUUGCAGUACAGAAGAUAUUGCUCAUCAAUCGAGAACGACUAUUAACUUUCUUGAAGCAUUUCUUGGAGGAUAGGACGGAGGAUGAGCAAUUUAUUGACGAGAGAGAGUUCUUGAUCAAACAAAUCAAGAACAUGCCUCCCGCACCGGUCGAACCAACACAGAAGCCUGCCCUACUUGGCUCACAAUCGAGGUAAAUAGUGACUAGGUUGCAGGGGAAGGAUGGGAGACAUAUGGGCAUGCUGGAUAGAGCACUUGGAGUUCUGGGCAUUGGGUCUUGAAGAUCGAUAGCGAUUGUUGGAGUAGGCUAGGCGUUGUUUGCAUUUUGUCAAUGAGAUUGUUGUUGGUACCAUGAGACUAGUCAUUUUGUUGGCUACCACGUAGUUCAACAUGUGCAGAAAGGCUGCGCCCCUCCC